AUGGCGCUAUAUGGGACUUCUGAAGCCUUGAUGUGCAGGGCGUUCCCAACGACUUUGAGGGGGCCGGCCCACGCAUGGUACAUCGGCCUGAAGACCAGGACCAUCACCUCCUUUGACCAGCUCGCCAGAGACUUCGAGCUCAACUUCCUGACCUACGCUCGACCAAAGUCGUCCGUGGCGUUGCUCCUCAGACUCAACCAAAGGGAGGACGAUCACCUCUCCUAUUUCGUGAACCGCUUUAUGACCCAAAUCCGGGGGCUGUCGGAUGCUCACCCCUCUCUCUUAAUGCAGGCAUUCAUGAUAGGCCUGCGGCCUUCCAGGUUCUUCUGGUCUCUUGUGAAGCGACCCCCCAUGGCGGUACCCAAGAUGCUUCAGCGAGCAAGCCAGUUCAUCGCCGCAGAGACGUGGAUGGCUAGGAGGCGUGAGGAGCACAAGAGGGUCAGGUCGGAGCCACCCCGGCAGCAGCAAUCCGCUGCACCACGGUGCAGGUUGGACCGAUCUGACCCACUGGCACCAAGGCCCCCUCUCCCCGCCUUGGGUUCGUCCCAAACAGAGAUAUUUCUCCACAUAAGGGAGAAGGGACUACUCAAAGAUCCCCACCCGAUGAGGAGCCCGCGAGAACUUGUAGACCGGUCAAAACAGAUCGAGGAGCUUAUUCGUAGAGGGCACCUCGGCCAGUACCUUCGGCAGGAAAAGGAACUUUCGCCGUGCCCGGAGGGUCCCGUUGAACAGCACAUCGACGUGAUAGCAGGCGGACCCGCAUCUGGCGGAAGCUCCAUGACUGGAAGAAAAGCGUACGCCCGAGCUGCCCCGGCCGAAGCUCCUAGGCAUGGGCCUGAGCCCGAGAUCACUUUCUCGGCCAAAACGUCCGAACAAUCUGAGCACGACGAUGCACUCGUGAUUUCGGCCAAGAUCGCCAAUGCGCAAGUAAGAAGGAUUAUGGUCGAUACCGGGAGCUCGGCCGACGUACUCUACUUCGAUGCCUUCCAAAGGCUCGCCUUGUCUAGAGAGAACAUGAAGCCGAUGUGCUCGGCGCUCACCGGAUUCAUCGGUGACUCGAUCUCACUGCUGGGGGUAAUCACUUUGCCCUUAACCCUAGGAGCCCCACCGAGGUCGAAGACGGUGAUGACCACCUUCUUAGUGGUUGACCUCCCCACGGCAUACAACGCCAUUCUCGGCCGGCCAACCCUCAACAAAGUCAGAGCCGUCGUCUCAAUGUACUACCAAACUGUAAAGUUCCCGACCCAUGCUGGGGUCGGAGAAGUCACGGGAAGCCCCUGA